GGCCUUGGUAGUCACUCGCAUCAGGGCAGCCAACAGCAGCAGGCAUGGGCAUCGAGACGUACGCAGGCCGCGUCGCGCUGGUGACAGGCGCCAGCUCCGGCAUCGGCGCCGCCAUCACACAGGCGCUGCUCAGACACGGACUCACCGUCGUCGGCCUGGCAAGGAGGGUCGACAGGGUCAAGGCACUCGCUCUGAAGGACGCCCCUGGUAAACUGCACGCUAUUCAGGGCGAUGUUGCAGACGAGAAGAGUGUACUGGCAGCGUUCAAGUGGAUCAAAGAAAACCUGUCCGGCGUCGACAUUUUAAUCAACAACGCUGGCGUGAUCACUGAGGGCGAUCUGACGUCUGGCAAGACGGAAGACUGGAAGCGCAUCCUGGACGUGAACGUGCUGGGUCUGAGCAUCUGCACCAGGGAGGCCGUGCAGGACAUGCUGAGCCGGGGCGUCGACGACGGGUUCGUCAUCCACAUCAACAGCGUAGUGGGACACGUGCCGCCAGUUAGCAGCUUCGCAGCGAUGUACACGGCGAGCAAGCACGCCGUCAAGACGCUUCUCGAAGGCCUGCGGAAGGACCUGGUCGCCAAGAAGAGCAAGAUCCGCGUUGGGGAAGUUUCUCCGGGAAUCGUGAGGACUGAGUUUCUGUUCAAUAUGACGUCGAUUACACCCGCUGUUUACGACACAGUACCCUGUCUGGAGUCUGAAGACGUGGCGGAGGCUGUUGUCUACAUGCUGUCCCAACACCCUCGAGUCCAGGUACACGAGGUCAUUGUCCACCCUACUGGAAGUUCGCUGUGACGACGAUAUGUAUCUCGUCAAACAAACCAGCUGUUAUAUUUUACAUUUAUUUGCAUGUAAUACAUGUAACCUAAUUCAACUUUCGAACUAAAAAUUUGUUUCUUUAUUAA